CAGUAGUGCGCACCGGUACAAUGAACGCAGUGAAGAUCGCUGAUUUAGCUACUACUUCCCUCAUCUUCUUCAAAUUUUGACACGAAAAGUAUUUCUCCUCUUUAAUUUUAUUAAAUGACCCUUUUUUUAAAUUUUGUUUUGUCCAGUAUUAGUACAUUGAGAGUAGUUUAGUUACCCAAAGUGAUAUAAAUUAAAAUUUGUGAGCGAACCUAAGGAAACGGGUCGGAUAACGGAAGUGCCAAGUGAAGUGUUUUUUAUUAACAUCUGGUGUCUUAGAACGGUUAAAACCUUAGUGUUAGGAGCCGAAAAUACUUAAAUGAACUAAUAAAUAAAUAUUUAAAUAAGUGGUAACAUUAUUUAUGUCAUAAAUUGUGAUAUUUUUCUAAGGUACUUGAAACGAUGGCAAGAGGUCAACAAAAACUGCAGUCUCAAGCUAAAGCGCAAGAAAAAUUAGCCAAACAAAAAAAGCAGCAGGGUCAUAAUGCGAACACACAAAAAAAGGCGGCACAAGCAGCCCUUGUUUUUGUGUGCACCGUUUGCAAGGCCCAAAUGCCAGAUCCCAAGACCUAUAAGCAACAUUUUCAAAACAAACAUCCAAAGAGUGACCUUCCGAGCGAACUUCAAGAUGUAUAAGUCAAGUGCACUUUUUAAACAAAAUGAUCCACGGUUGUGUUCCAUCCACUGUGUUGGACAUACAUUUGUUAUUUCUAAUCAAAGCCGAUUUAAUAUUUCCUUUAAACGUCUUGGUUACAAAUGGUAGUGUUAUUUCUGUUCUUCAUUAACUCGCUGCAUCACAAUGAUAUAAAUAAAUUAAUUUUAUUUCUAUAUCCUACAUUGUAAUGCACAAAGUUUACUUCUUGUUAUUUCUUUCUAAUGGCAGUUUAUGCAAACUUAGUAUUAUGCAUUUUUUCUACAUUACAAUUAACUUAAUAUUUGUUGCAAUAUUAUUUAAUUGUAUUUGUUGAUGAAAUUAAACAAUUGUUUUACAUA